AUGUCUGCGAACCCUCAAGUCACACCAAACCCAACUCUGGGGCUGGAUAUACUCCGAAGCCCACCGGAUCCCACUGUUGACAUUGUGGCCGUUCAUGGCCUCGGUGCGAGCCCAGAGAAGAGUUGGCUCUACGAAAAGGAAGGUUCCAAGAGCUAUCAUUGGCUGAAAGACGAUGAUGGGCUUGCCAAAGACUUUCCCAGUGCUCGCAUUAUGCUCUUCGCAUAUAGCUCGGCAUACGCGAAACGUUUCAAGAUGAAGCAGUAUAUGGUCAACCUAGCAGCCGAGCUUCUCGAGGCCCUGAAUUUGAGAAGAGAGGAACAGAAAUGCGCCAGGAGACCAGUCGUAAUGCUCGGGCAUAGCAUGGGCGGACUGGUAAUUGCGAAAGCAUUGUGCCUCGCGGAAAGUGAACGGCUCCACUAUCCAGACAUGUACGAAAGCAUCACAGGCUGCUUAUUCUUUGGAACACCCUUCAACGGUGCGCCUGUUGCAGAAGUAGCCGAACAUUGGGCCAAGAUGCAAGUCAAAGAAAACACUGGCAAGGCGGUCGACUCGCAGCUCCUGACACUACUCAAACCUGGAAAUGAGAGCUUACGAGAGCUGAAACGUGGUUUUGUGCAUUCUGUCGGCAAGCUAUCCCAGAAGGUCGAGGUUCACUGCUUCUUUGAAGAACUGAAUACAAAUUGGACAGACAUCAUCCAAAAGCUAACCAGUGAGAAUUUUCCCGAAGAGAUGCUUGAUAAGUUGCGGUCAAAGGAAUCUGCUGAAUUCGUCAGCCGAGACUCAGCAAGUCUUGAUUCUUCCAUGGAGACAGGCCUCUACAGAGCCCACAGAGAUUUGGUCAAGUUUGAGUCAUUCAAGGAUCCCCAAUACCAACGAGUGAGAGGACCACUCAAAAGAAUGAUUCAGAGUGCUCCGCGAGUUGCCAGAGGGCGAUUCAACUGUACCCGCGAAACCGCAAUAGACAGCCAAACCUGGAGAAGAGUCAUCGAAAAACUAGCUGGCUCAGACAUGCAGAAAGUCUACACCAACUUGUCCCGGCGGCUGACCUCUAGAUCAUGGCUGCUCGAUGAUCCGUUGUGGAAGGAAUGGUCCUCUCCAAGUGAAAAAAUGUCGGACUGCUUUCUGUACAUCUAUGGACCAAAGGGUAAGGGAAAGACCAACGCAUCUGUUGCCAGUAUACAGUCGAUCAAGGCCACAAUCAGAAAAGCGGAAGAUGAUGACUGUGACUCUGUCCAUCGUCCAGACCUAUUGGCCUACUACUUUUGCAAUCAAACGCCAGACCGUUCAACUGCCGAAGACUUACUCAAGUCUUUGCUACAACAGCUCUGCCAACAGCAGGCGGUUCUCGCUACCUAUGCGAAACAUUUUCUCAAGGAUUCGAAUAACGACUCUACACACACCGUACAUCAAAGCGUGGAGCAUCUCUGGCAGUGCUUGAGAGAUAUGCUCACAGAUGGUACCAUCGGGACCAUCUUCUUCGUUAUCAAUAAUCUCCACGAGCUUCCGGACCCAGACACAAACGAAUCGACCAAAAGAUUGCUGGCCUUCAUUGGUGCUGACAUUCAGCGCUUGACCCCUGAAAAGGGCAAACGAGCAUCAACCCGGUGGUUAUUCACCAGCCGUGAACGCAAGUCAAUCCAAAAACAUCUGAAGCCGCAUCAUACUGUGCAUCGCAUUGAUCUCGAGGAUAAAAAGUAUGGCAAAAGCUUGAGGUCAGAGCUAAAGCAGCAUGCCCAUGUUCAAGUAGACGAACUUCAAAAGGAGAAGGGAUACACCAAAGCUAUCUCCUACUUUGCCGAAAGCGUCAUAGGAACUCGUGCCGAGGACACCAAAUGGAUUGACGUGGCCGUUGUGCGCCUAGCAGCACUUCCUCCUGGAACAAAGGAUGGUUAUAUCCGACGCAUGCUGGAACGCGCGCCGCAAGAUUUUAACACACUUCUUAACGAUGCGUGGUCGUCGAUCCUCAGGCCUGAUGUCGAUGACAUCGAUUCCAUCAAAGAGCUACUCAGAGCCUUGAUUCUUGCGUAUCGGGACCCUACGGAAAUCGAACUUCUGGUAUUGAUCGGUUCAUCCCCGUAUGAUGAGGAGCACAGACAUCAGUUGCAACAUAUGGUGGAAAAGUGCAGUCCACUUCUCGUUCAGGCUCGACAUGGCCGCGAAACAACCAUUGGGUUUGUCAAUAUUGAUGUGAAGAACCAUCUCUUGAACAAUUCAGACAAGUUAUUGGACCUGUCGAAAGAUGAGCACGACCUCCAACACGGCUUUCUUGCUCUGAGAUGCUUUGAUCACGUCUUAGAGCGCCUCUCGUGCUCACCAGAAGGCCUAAUGUCGAAUAACAGACCAGCAACACCAAAGUCUCAAUAUCAGGAGUCACAGGACGUUCAACAUACGGAGACAGCGGGUUCCGUCAUUAUGGAGACCUCGGAAGCGGAGAACAUACAACGUGACAGUUCGAGCAGUCCCUUUGACUCAGACACGGCUCGAACAGAAGAACAAGGGGAAUUCUUGGCGCUUCCUUACGCUACAAGCUUUUGGCUCGAGCACGCAGGCCAAGCAACUACCGACGUCACCCGUCGUCUCUCGAGAGAAACUGCGUUCUGGGAGGCGGGAUCCUCAGUCAUGAUUCGAUGGUUGAAUGAGUACGAGCGGUUGACUAAAGCAUUCACGUCGCGUGACAUCUCUGCAAAGGAUCUCAACGCACUACAUGUUGCAGCAACACUCGGCUAUCCGCUAUUGGUGGAAUCUCUAUUGGAAGCCGGGCAUAAAGAAGAGAUAACCAAGUAUGACUCGCUGAGGAACCAGCCGCUUCACCUGGCCGCUAGUUUUGGCAAGACCGAAAUCAUUGAUCAGCUGCUUGACGCAGGAGCCGAAGUCGAUGAGUCGGGACCAGAACGAAGAAACGCCACCCCGCUCGCUAUGGCCGCUUAUUCGGGGAGCGUUCGGGCUAUGUCAAAGUUGAUAGCCAGGGGCGCGAACAAGGAUGCAUGCUCAGCUAACAUUGGGCCUGUUGUCAACGCAGCAAUCUUCUCUGGUAACAGUGCCGCGGUGACGGAGCUUAUCAAAUUAGGUGCCAGAUUGAGUUUUGAAGGAUGGACGGGAGAAAAUACCGAUCAAAGCGAGUCUAGCGAUGAGAAUCACACGACCUCUGAGGAGCCGUCGUGGAUGCCACCGCUAGCUCUGGCAGCCCUCAUAUCGGACAUUUCCAUGUUCAAUGCCAUCCUUGAAGCUGCAGCAGAUAAUCUAACCCCUAAUGAACACAGCAAAGCCCUCAUAAUGGCAUCUCAUUCUGGCAGAAUCGAGAUUGUAGAGAAGCUACUGGGUUACGAACACGAAUCACACAUCUUCAAGGCUUCCUUAGAGGUAGCCACGAACGAGCAGAAUUGGGAUGUGAUCCGUCUCAUCCUAAAGAAGUCCACAGGUUUGGACUGCGAGAUCCCUUUCAGGGCCGCUUCGAAAGAUAAAGAAGACUUGCAAGAUGUUCUUGAGCUUUGUUGGGAGCAUGCAGAUGGCUCUAUAGGGCAAGAAAUCUUGGAUGACUGCCUCUAUAUCGCGACUGACCUCGAGAAAAAGGAGACGGUUGAGCAACUAAUCAAAUUCGGAGCGAGUUGCAACGCACUCGGGUUAGAAUUUGGAAAUGCCUUGACUGCCAGUGCUUACGACGGCACUGUGUCAAUCGCCGAGAUUCUGUUGGGACAUGAGGCUGAUGUGAACGCCCCAGAAGGCUAUGCUCUCCAAGCAGCAGCAACGCAAGGACAUUUACCAAUGGUCAAAUUACUUGUGAAACAUGGCGCGGAUGUCAACCUCGCCAGUGAGCGGCACGUACCCUGUACGGCACUGCAAGCCGCUUGCGACUACGGAAAUCUCGAUAUUGUCUGCUUCUUGUUAGAGAAGGGAGCUAAUCCUGAUAUUGGUGGCGGAGAGAACGAUCGGCCAAUCUUUUCAGCAAUCUUCCAGGGAAACAUGGACUUGCUCGAACGCUUGUUGCAAUGCGAGAACCUGGACUUGGAGGUCUCUGGAGGGCCGCAGAACAAGACACCGAUCCAUUACGCCGCCCUGCACCUCCCUGUUGCCGCAUUCGACAAGAUCAUCGAACACGGAGCUCCUGUCGACAUCAUUGACGCAGAAGGCAGUACAGCACUCAUGGAAGCUGCGAUGGUCGGAGAUUCGGAAGUAGUCAAAAGUUUGCUGGAGCAUGGGGCAGAUGUCUUGAUCGAGAACUCCUUCGGGCAGACGGCUCUAGACAUAGCAGCUCAGCUGGGCGAAACCGAGUGUGUUCACCUUCUCACAGCGAGAGCGGGCGCAAUCUUGCGUCGCUUGAAGAGAGCCGCAGAUGAAGGCGACGAGAGUGCUCGUGAGCUGAUUAACGCGGAAAAAGAGGGCCGUUCUGAUGAUAUGUCUCGAGCUCCGCCGAAGACCUUUGACACUGUCGAGGCGUGGUCCAGUUUUCAUAGUCGAGGGCAUGCUAGAGACAGUAAUGAAGAUGAUGCCAGCGCUACCGGGGAUGGUGUUGAGAAUGGUGCUGAGGAUGGUCCUGAAGAUGUCGUUGAGGAUAGUGCCGAGGAUGGUGUCAAUAAGGAUGCUGAAGCAGUCACUGAGGAUGCCAGUGGGGAAGGGAGUGGAGUUGAGAACAGAAAUUAUGUUCAAUGA